AUGCGGCGGUAUGGCCUUUCCCUGGUCGCACAGUUUUUGACAAGCCAAGGAAGCUGUUGGAACGAGCGCUUCACCCGCGAGACGUGCUGCACCAGCCCGCGCAGGCCGGGGGGAAAUCCUGACUGCUGGGAUGGUCAGCGCUACACCUACAGGAAAUGCUGCAUUGAAUCCGGCGACUCGCUAGCGCGUGCCUCGACCAAGUGGCGUGUUGUGUGUGAUCAAGAUGUUGGGGGCUGGAUGGUGCAUGAGGUCGCUUUCUACGCAGACACGAACUGUUCACUGAGGAUCAGGAACCACUUACGAACCUUGGGGAGUGAUCACCGUGGCACGUUCAAACCCAGCCAUGCUUUCGAUCUCCUGGCUGAUUCGGCUGACCGUUUCUUUUGGUACUCCAAGCAAGCCGGACGAGCAGAGGCCUGGCUUGGCUUUGAGGUCUUUCGACCCGUGACCGUCAGAUGUGUUGAGAUCUUCCACAACAACAUUCCCGAGGUGCCCGUGGUGUUGGAAAAGUGGCAGGCAUCUGUUUGGCAGCCAGUGCUUCGAAAGCUUGUGCGUGGUGGAUUCUGGGAGUAUCUUAUUGCUCCCGACGACUCGGAUGGCGAUCAGGAAGCAUGUGAGGGCUUGGUGACCUUGGGAGCAGGGGACGGCAAGCCACCGUGCGCAGCAGCUGGAGCUGUGAUUGCACAGUCCGCAAAGAAAAGUCACAUGCAGUUGCCAAGCCUCUUGACAGCAAGCCGGAUCUAUGUGCUAGAACGGCUCUUCAAGUUUGCACACUUCCUGGCCGGGCAGCAUCACGUUGAAGUCGGUGACGAAUCGUUUAACUGGUUCGCGCUGUCACAUCAGGCGCAGUUCAUCUCCAUCAAGAAGAGAUGCGAGGCGUUGAUGACGGCCGCGGAGCAGGUGCGCUCGAGCCAGAAGUUCAAAGAAAUGCUCGAUCUAGUAAUCCGUGUUGGAAAUUUUAUCAACCAUGGCGUGGAUGAGGUCGUCGAGGGCACCAUCCGUGGAGUCAGUGUGGAGUCUCUUUUGACAUUAGCUUCCUUCAAGACCGGAGCCGUUUCCUCCUUGCACUUCCUUUGUCUUUCUCUCGGGGCUCUUGACCCAGACUUUUUCCAGGCACUGAAGCAGUCCCUGUCCAGCGUCCAUGAGGCUUCCAAAGAGAAGGCUUCGGCGCUGAAGUCAUCCAUCGAGGCCUUUGGCAAAGAUGCUGAUACUGCAGAGAAGCAGUUGACUGCUCUCUUGGUGCCCAACGAAGAGCAGGAGGCUGUGUCUGCCAGUCACGAGGCUGACCUCCGUGAAAUGAUGGCCCUGUGGAUGCAAGAAAAAGUUAGGUUGCAACAAAUUGGCGAUGAAGCAUUCGACGCCUGCUUGGAUACACAGAAGUACUUCUGUGUCUCCGAGAAAGCACUGGCAAACCUGCCACCGCUUGAGACGUUUUUCCUUCACAUAGCCACUUUCCUGGAUCAAUUUUCAGAGGCCUGGCAAGAGAUCGAAAAGAGCCCCAAGAAGUGGGAAGAGUUCGCGACAGCAGCAGGCUUCCGGCAGCGCGUUAAGCGCAAGUCGCUUCCAGCUGGAUCGUCGCAGAAGAUGAGCGAUGGCCCACGGAUGAGUGAUGCAGGACUGCAGAGGCGGCCUCGCCGCUCUGAGUGCGGAACAGCAUCCACUCGCCCAGAGGGCAAAGCUCGAGUGAAGGCCCAAGCCAGGCGGUCCGUGUCCUUCCUAAGCUCCUUUGAUGUGGGCUUGGGCGAGGCCGCAGCCAGCAAACAGCAGGUGUGCCGUGCCUUGCUCGGCAGCAUCUACUGCAGAGUGGCCGACAGGCUGGGGCCGGAAUGA